AUGAGCGCACGCACCAAGUUCCCCGUCGUCCUCAUCCACGGCGUCUUCGGCUUCGGGAAGCAGAGGCCGUUGUGGGGUCACUGGGUUCCAUACUGGCCCGAGCGGGAGCUGCAGGAUAUUAACCCCAACCAUUUGCUAGUGGACGUAGGCGCCGUAUCCUCGGAUCACGAUCGCGCCUGCGAGGUGUUCUACCAGUUGGUCGGGGGCCGAGUGGACUACGGAGAGAAACAUUCAACUGACACAGGCCACGAUCGCUAUGGAGAGACGUUCGACAAGGCUUUGCUCCCCGAUUGGGGCGAAGACAACCCUGUGCACUUGUUAGGACACAGCUUCGGAUCCACGACGGCCAUUGAGCUGUUCCAGAUGCUGAGUUCGGAUUUCUUCGGAGUUGGCAGUUCCCACAAGUGGGUGGCCAGUAUCACGUGCAUUGCGGGGCCGUUGACUGGCUCAACGUUGACACACAUGAUCGGUAUGGAGACCAGCCGAGUGGUGCCUGGAGGCAUCGUUCACUUGAUGUCCAUCGUGUUGGGCACGUGGAUUAAACUGUGCUGGAAGAUUCCAAUACUUAAGAACGCAGCGGAUCUCCGCAUGGAUCAAUGGAGCAGAUACUCGCUCAAAGAUCUACUAGCAGCCGAUGGACCCGUCAAUUCAUCGAGAGACUUGGUCGUGCAUGGCACGAUACCAGAGUACCGCAUCUCGCGCAACGCUCAGCUGCAAAAUAUGGACAAACUGCAUUUGCUGAGUAUCACCACGUCGCCCAAGACGGUGUAUCGUCCAUUUGGCGAAGGUGUGGCUCUUGCCGUGCUGGGAUUGCUACGUUGGAAUCGGUUUCCGAAAUGGUGCCCUGCGCUGGUUAGACGUCGCGCUUUCCGUGUCUUUGCUAGCGUCUUGGUCGUGUGCUACUUGUGGCUUAAGCUCAAGAAACUCGACGUGUCUAAGAUGCCGUCCAUGUACGGGCUCAAGUGGCUCAUUCGACGUCGUGCUCGCAGUCUUCCGAUGAUCUUCGACGGCUUUGAGGCUAAUAGCUGGGAACACAACGACGGCGUCGUGAACAUCCGUUCCAUGUUGAGACCGUGGUUUCCCAAGCCUCAAGAGAUGGAGAGAGCACUUAGCAGCAACGACUUGAGACCACCGGCGCCCUCUCUUCCAGCGACAUCGUCCUCUUCGUCAUUGAAAGACACUGUAUUGAUACGUUGCGAGUCUCACAUCUCCAUCGAUGGCUUCAACCGAGAUACGGACGACGAGCAGCAGGCUCACGGGGCCAAACGCUUUGAAAAGGGGCGAUGGUACGUCUAUCGUGUGGACAGCAACCACCUCGCUGGAACCUUCUGGGACAGCAACGCAGCCGAUCUGUACAAGAGUUUAUUCACGUUGAUGAGCAAAGAGUACGAACGAGACGAGUUCAAAACCCAGUGGCGCGUGUCAUUAAACAAACCGCCACGGUAAUGCUCCGUUCUACAGCUAAUGACACAGUACUGCAUGUUACAUGAAAAAUUGAAACUUCACAAAAGGAAAAGGCAGAGUACAACAUCGUGGGACGAGUCGAUGGAACUCGACCUCGACAACAACAAAUAUUUCAGUUUUCUUUUUAAUUUGACUGUGUACGAUGGAGACCUCCAACCGUUGGGACCACUUCCAAGCUCCCUGUCGUGUUCAUCCACGGCGUCUUUGGCUUCGGCAAGACCCGUCCGAUGUGGAAUCGCUGGUCGCCGUAUUGGCCUGAGAAGGUGCUAAACGCUUUGAACGAGAGCCACAUUGUGCUGCAUGUAGGCCCAUUAAGCUCGAACCACGAUCGAGCAUGUGAAGCUUUCUACCAGCUCUACGGGGGUCAAGUCGACUACGGUGAACAGCACAGUCGAGAAACUAGACACGAACGCUACGGUGCUUCAUACAAAACCC